AUGGAUGCGUGGGGAAGUCAUAAUGUAGCGGCAAGCGAGCAGCCAUCAGAAGAGGAAGAGGAAUGGGAUAUGCCUAUGACUGGCAAGGAUGCGCUAAUCGUCCUGCUGGAUAUUCGCAAGAAUAUGUUCUCCCCCUAUCCAAACGCGUCUAAGGAUGCUCCUUCCACAUGGUUCCAUGCUGUCGUGGAGCUGGUGAUUAAGCUUCUCAAGACGAAAGUCGUUGCAAGCGACAACUCAUUGCUAAGCCUCAUCUUUUUUGGGACGAACAAACGUGGGGAAGCAGGUACACUAGAGCAAGUGUACGAGUUUCAACCGCUGGGAUAUCCCUCAGCGCAAAGGAUCAAGGAACUACAGGCUCUACUGGAGUCCGACAUGCAGUCAGCUUUUGAGUCCAUGGAGAACUUCGACAACCUUUUGUUUAGUAACGCUCUAUGGCAAUGCGGUAUCUCUUUUUCCAACGCAAAUUUGAAGAAGAAGGAUUUGCAGCGCAUUUGGAUAUUUACUAAUGAUGACAGCCCAAAGGGAAUUGACACCAAAGAAGCAGGCCGGAUUCGAAAGCAAAUUCAGAACCACACCGAAUUAAAACGCACAUUAAAUCUCUUUUAUAUUACUCCGCCUGGAAAGGAGAGCUUUGACCUGUCAACGUUCUAUGCGUGCAGCUUUAAAGACUUUUUAGCUGAAGAAGAUGAGGAAGCUGUUGAAAAUGAAACAUCGUUUCAGUCUGCUUUUCCUGUAGGUUCACUGGAUGAUUUAGUGGAUGGAUCACUGCGCAAGCGCUUUCGCAAGCGCAGGCUUACAACGUUUCCUCUACAUAUUACAAAAAGCGUGUCACUUAGUGUGGAGUUGUACGCGCUGGUAGUUGUUCAGCGCAAGAACACUCCGGUGGCUCUCGAAGCGAGCACAAACAAUCCGCUAAAAUCUGAGACAAAAUGGCUUUGCGAAGAUACAGGGUCAUACCUUACACCCGAUCAGAUUAAAAGGUACAUCGAUUAUGGUGGCAAGCGAGUGUACUUCACACGGGAUGACAUUGUAGAGAUAAAGCAUUAUGACGCUCCAGGGCUCCAGUUGAUAUGCUUCAAGCCGUUAAGUGCUCUUAGAUGGAAUGAGAAUAUUCGCUCGCCGUAUUUUGUGUAUCCCUCAAAUAGCUACAUCGAAGGAAGCUCCACUGCUUUCAUGUCAAUCGUCAAUUCAAUGAUGAAAAAACAAAAGUUUGCUUUGGCGAGGUUGAUUGCGCGAAAGACUAGCGAGCCUCGACUUGUGGCGUUAGUUGCUCAGAAAGAAGCUAACGACAAGAUGGGUCAGGUGCAGCCGUCAGGAUUCAACGUUAUUUUCUUACCGUAUCUGGAUGAUAUUCGUGACAUUCCAGUUCCGGACGUUGGAAGUGUCGCCCAGGAGAAAAUAGACGCAGCAAAGUACUUGAUUUCAAUGUUAAAGCUGACAGAAGCUCCAAGUUUUGAGAAUCCAGAACUGCAAAAGCAUUACGCUGCGAUUCAAGCUCUUGCCCUCGACGAGGAAGUACUGGAAUUUAACGAGCAGAAAGACACCACUCUUCCCGAUGCGGAGGGGUUUGGCCAAGACGAAGUUAAGGAUGCAAUUGCCAAUUUCCGAAAAAUAUGCGGUGGCGAAUUACUCGACGCAUCAACGAAUGCGAAGCGAAAGUCUCCCGCUUUGGGACGGCGCAAAGCGACAACGAAAAAGUUGGUAAAAUGUAACUUGGGCAAACCGGAGGCGGAGGAGACGUUUGACAAAGAGGAGUGGGCUGAUCUUGUAGCUUCCGACAUGAUACAGAAGAAAACUGUCAUUCAGUUGAAGGCGUUUCUUCACGCUCAUAACCUCGCAGCCGUGGGACGGAAGGCCGAUCUUAUCAAUGCAGUCAAGUCCUUUGUCGAGUUGUAG